AUGGCCGACACGAACUCCCAGAGAGGGGAGGGUGAAAACUUCUGGGCGCCUGGUACCAUCCGGUUGGAGGAUAUGACAACACCCGCGUCAGAUGUCAUCCUUCAACCUGUACCAAGCUCUGAUCCAGACGAUCCCUUAAACUGGAGCAAACUACGAAAAUCCAUCAAUUUUGGCCUAGUCGGUUUUUUUGUGCUUUGGACAUUCGUACAGCUGCAGACAGGCUCGACAUCCUGGGGGUCCCUGAUGCGUGAACUAUACUUCACUGUCGACCAGCUGAAUAACGGAGCCGCUAUGUCUUGUGCUGGACUCGCGGUCGGCUGUAUGAUCUUCAUGCCAUUCGUACACAAGUUUGGGCGACGGCCACUAUACCUUAUCAGCUCAGCACUGCAAUUGAGCUCGGUGAUUUGGCAGGCCAAGACCAGGACGUACGGUGACUGGAUGGGCAGCAACUUUCUUGCUGGACUAGGAGGUGCCAUCAGCGAGGCUGUUGUACAAAUCACCAUUGCCGAUCUGUACUUUGUGCACCAACAUGGAACCAUGAACGCAUGGUACCUCAUUUUCACAUCCGUGGGUGCAUCCCUCGGACCAGUAGCCUCCGGAUUCGUGGUGGAAUCCCAGGGUUGGAGGUGGAUUUGGUGGUGGUGCACAAUCUUCUUGUCGUUGAAUCUCGCGCUCGUCUUAUUCUUCUUCGAAGAGUCGAAGUAUGUGCCAGUUCUCAACGGUCGCAGUGUAACCCAUGGUGUUUCUGGCUCACAUGGACCGAGCACCAUUCAUGCCAACUCGGAGUCGCAGAAAGUUGCAGACGUCAAAGGGGACGCCAUACACAGUAGCAUGGAGCGAGUGCAAUCUAGAAUCGACACGAACUUGCCACGGAAAACGUAUCGCCAGCGCUUGGCCCUCUUCACUCCUUCAAACAACCGAUCGGCCACCAUUUCUACCAACCAGUUGUAG